UGCGCUGCUGGGUCUGGGGCACCGGGGCCUUAGUGCUGUCUCUUCCGUGAAAACCCCGGGACCAACACUUUAGGGUCCAAUGCGGUCGGGCUCUGGCCUCCCGGCUCCGACUGAUACAACGGCCCAAGCAGGUCCUGGACAUUUUCCUCCCUGUUUAGGGCUUCAGGAGCCGGCUGGGGAGCUGGAGCAACCUGUCUGGAGCCCAGCCUCGGGCCUAGCAUCUGGGUCGCAGCCCAGGCCAGGGUCCUGCUUAAGGGCUGGAGGGGCUGCAUGUCCGGUGCCCGUCCCCCUUGCCCCCGUCUGUAGCCUGCUGACCCACCCGUUGCUGACCUCCCCGAACACCGGGCAGCCCUGCACUGGAGACACCGUGCACGCUCCUCCCGGUGUGAAUGGGGAGCCAGGGCACCAGGCACAGGGGACCCCUCUGGCCGGAAGCUGAGCAGAGGAGGCCAAGGGAAGCAGACAGGACAGCAGGGACUGGACGAGAGUGGUGAGGGGAGUGCUGUGCCUGGCAGAUGGAGGCUCGCGCUGCUCAGUUGGGUGGGGCCCUGGUGGUUAGACCAGGAGCAGGAAUAGACAUGUCAUCGGAAGGCGUGGAAGACGAGGUCGUUGGACAAUUGUGGAAACAGAUGGCAGCAGCAAAAAGGGAGGCAGAGACGGACAGGCAGGGAGGCCCAGGCCAGGCCCGGCCAGGCACCCAACCCCGAGCACUGGCUGUUCCAGGAACGGGGGUAGGGAGUGCAGGAAGGGCUCAGCAGUGACCCCGGGCAGACCUCAGAGGCCCUGACGGCUCGGGUUCCUGGUUGAGAAGACCCUGCUCAAGGCUCGUGCACAUCUCCUGACCCUGGGAGAUGCGGAAAGCUGGCAGGCAUCCAGGGAGGAGAGGAGAGGCGCUGGGCACCCUGUCCGGGAAGCACCGAGGUGUGGGGGGCCCAGGGCCCAGCUGGACAGAGCCCCUUGGACCUGAGCUGAGGCCGCAGGUCAAGGAGUAUGAGGGCUAACGACCAUCCUGGUGUCUGACCAAAUGACGCCUUUUUUUUUAAAUGCCAACGUUUUGACUACGCCCUGUGGCACUGGAAUCUUAGCGCCUGACUACAGUUUGAACCUUGUGUUGGAAGCAUAGGGUCUUAACCACCGGGCCACCAGGGAAGUCCCAAGCUUACUUGUUGAGUUUAUAAUUCUUUGGGGGAGUUUGGGGGAAGAGUUUGCCUUGUGUGGAAACUUUGCAUAGGAGGAAAAGGAGGCAGUUAUAAACGUUGGGGAACAGACUCCCCGUGCGGCUCCACUGGGACACGAUUUAUAGUGACGGAAUGAUGUCGUGAUGACUUAGCGAGGAUUUGGUAGAGCUUGGAGACAGGGAGGCGGGGUGGGGGCCCAUGGUGGCAAGACCUCAGCCCUGAUGCUCCCCAAGUCAGAAACAGCCAGGAAGAGCCAUGCUUGGGGCUGUUCGCUGUGGACACAGCAGAGGCCGUGGCGGAGCUUCGGGCCAGGUGCCCAGCCUCUUGUCACAGGAACGGGGCAGUGCCGGUCUUUGAAACGAUGCAUGGAGUGAUACGACGGGCUUGACUUGUCGUCGGCUGAGUUGUGCUGAAAUCCUAAACCCAGUGCCUUAGGAAUAGACUUGUGUGCGGAAUGCAUUAAGAUGCCUUCACACUGGAGGAGGGUGGCCCUAAUCCAGGAUGACCGGUGCCCUUAUUAAAGUGGGGGGGUUUGGACACACACGAGCCAAGGAGCUGCCGGGAGCUGCACAGCCCGGAGCAGGCUCUCCUCGGUGCCUUUGGGAAGCCUGGCCUCCGGAGAGGGAGACAGUAAGAGUCUGUCGUUUAAGCCCCCAGUAUGUGGCACCUUGUCACGGCCGCCCCAGACACUCAUAUGUUGUCGAUCGGUCGCCCAGUCGUGUCCAGCUCUUUGCGACCCCAUGGACUGCAGCACGGUGGCCUCCCUGUCCCUCAGCUCCUGGAGUUCGCCACAGUCCAUGUUCACUGCAUCAGUGAUGCUGUCCAGACACUCCCAUGUGUGCUUAGCCGCUCAGUCGUGUCCGGCUCUCUGUGACCCCGUGGACCGUAGCCCACCAGGCGCCUCUGUCCAUGGAAUUCUCCAGGCAAGAGUGCUGGAGUGAGGUGCUGUCCCCUCCUCCACAGACACUUCCAUGGCAUUCUGCAAACACUGUCUGACUCUCUGUAUCAGCUGAGAUGGAAACAGACCAGAGCCCACUCUGGCCCCUGUGGGGCAGGAUCCGGAGGCCGAGGGGCCAGAGUGGCCGCGAGAGGGCCUCCCGGCCAGCUAGGGCGGUCUGUGGAGCCCCCGCUGUGUGCGUGCCAUCCCUGGGCCUGGAGCAUGCCAGCAUCGCCAGGAUGCGAGUGGGGACAGGGUGGGCAGGGAGGGCAAGCCUGAGGGUUUUGGCCUCUGUCCUGCGGCCACGCGGGGUGCUCUGGGGUUGGAGCCUUGUGGCUGCUUCUGGUUGAGGCCGGCUGGGGGCUGCUGAUGGACAGGAAGGGUUUGCUUAGGGGCUGCAGCCGCCCAGGCUCACUGGGGUGGCGGGUGGGGAGAGGGGAGUCGGGAGGUGGGCCACUGAGUCCCUGGUUUGGUUGCAAGGAUGGACCAGGGCCUUUGGCGGUGGGGACGUGAGAUUGGGUUUCUCACUGUAGGAGAAGUGGAGACUGUCCUUGAGGGUGCGUCCUCUCCCAUGGGUGUGCCUGGCGUGGGGAGAGGGUGCCCUGGUUAAGGGGGUGCUCUGGGAUCUCUGGGCUUCCUGACCCUCCCGUCUCCAUGUCUGCCAUCAGCUGGCCUGUCCCCAACGAGAGCACACGUCCCCCAGGGCCAGGGCUCUGAGCUGCUGCAGCCCCGCUCAGCACGCUGACCACGGGCAGGGGUGAGCAGGGCAUCAUGCGCUGUGAUGGUGAUGCUCCAUCCCACUUGCUGGGUUUCUUGUGAGGGGAACUGGCUCGGCCUCAUGGGCCAAACUAUGUCCCCACAAAAAGUUACUCAGGUGAGCCCUGACCUCUGACCCCUGAGGCCCCGCCCCCCAGCACCUGUGCACGCACCUCAUUUGGAAACGGGGUCCUUUCAGGUGUAACUGAGAUGUGAACUAAGAGGCAGUCACGCUGGAUCAGGGUGGACCUCAGACCGGUCCCUGGGGUGGAGAGAUGCAGAGAUACAGGACCGGGGGAGGCCGUGGGAGGAGGGGGUGGAGGUGGGCGUGAUGCAGGCCCAGCCGGGGCCACACGGACCACCGGCCUCCUCCAGCGGGAGCCAACCCUGCGGACGGCUGGGUCUCUGGCUCUGCGCCUCAGAACCGUCCUAACCCCACCUUGUCGUGGUGCUUCAUGGGGGUGGCCCUGGGAGCGGGGAUUUGAGUCUGCAUGUUGGUAACCUGGGGGGCACGAGUUCCUUCCCAACAGGACAAUGAGAGCGUCAUCAGGAUGGCCGUGCUCUUCACCCAGUGUUGAGCUGUACCCCGACGCCCAGCGUGCCGCUCAGCGUCCCCACCAGGCAUCCCUGGCUUUGCCUGUGGCUGCUGCACCCUGGGUGAUGCCCGACUGCCCCAGGAGACAUGUUUGCCUGGACACGCCGAGGGGCUGCCUUUCCCUGCAUGUCUGUGGUGGCGGAGGACCCGUCCACAUGUGCCCCCUUUGGGCUGCGUGGCUCCCAGCGUCCAUGUCCCGUGUGGCUCCUGCGUCCACGUCCCGCGUGGCUGCCGCAUCCAUGUCCCAUGCGGCUCCCACGUCCAUGUCCUGUGUGGCUCCUGGAGUCCACAUCCUGCUUGUCUCCCAGCAUCCAUGUCCCGCGUGGCUCCCGCGUCCACGUCCCAUGCGGCUCCCACGUCCAUGUCCCAUGAGGCUCCCACAUCCAUGUCCUGCAUGGCUCCUGGAGUCCACGUCCUGCUUGUCUCCCAGCAUCCAUGUCCCGCGUGGCUCCCGCGUCCAUGUCCCAUGCGGCUCCCACGUCCAUGUCCCGCGUGGCUCCCGCGUCCAUGUCCCAUGCGGCUCCCACGUCCAUGUACUGUGUGGCUCCUGGAGUCCACGUCCUGCUUGUCUCCCAGCAUCCACGUCCCACGUGGAUCCCACGUCCACGUCCUGUGUGGCUCCCGCAUUCACGUCCCAUGCAGCUCCCACGUCCACAUCCCGUGUGGCUUCCGUGUCCAUGUCCCAUGUGGCUCCCACAUCCAUGUCCCGUGUGGCUCCUGCGUCCAUGUCCCAUGCGGCUCCCACGUCCAUGUCCCGCAUGGCUCCCGUGUCCAUGUCCCAUGCGGCUCCCACGUCCACGUCCCGCGUGGCUCCUGCGUCCACGUCCCGCGUGGCUGCCGCAUCCAUGUCCCAUGCGGCUACCACGUCCAUGUCCUGUGUGGCUCCUAGAGUCCACGUCCUGCUUGUCUCCCAGCAUCCAUGUCCCGCGUGGCUCCCGCGUCCACGUCCCAUGCGGCUCCCACGUCCAUGUCCCGCGUGGCUCCCGCGUCCAUGUCCCAUGCGGCUCCCACGUCCAUGUCCUGUGUGGCUCCUGGAGUCCACGUCCUGCUUGUCUCCCAGCAUCCACGUCCCACGUGGAUCCCACGUCCACGUCCUGUGUGGCUCCCGCGUUCAUGUCCCAUGCAGCUCCCACGUCCACAUCCCGCGUGGUUCCCGUGUCCAUGUCCCAUGCGGCUCCCACGUCCACGUCCCGCGUGGCUCCUGCGUCCACGUCCCGCAUGGCUCCCGUGUCCAUGUCCCAUGCGGCUCCCAUGUCCACGUCCUGCGUGGCUCCCGGAGUCCACGUCCUGCUUGUCUCUCAGUACCCAUGUCCAGUGUGGCUCCCACAUCCAUGUCCAGUGUGGCUCCCGGCGUUCACGCCCCGUGUGGCUCCCGUGUCCACGUCCGGUGUGGCUCCUGCGUCCACAUCCUGUGUGGCUCCCAGUGUCCACGCCCCGUGUGGCUCAAGCGCCCACAUCCCGUGUGGCUCCCACGUCCAUGUCUGGCACAGCACAAGGUUGGAUCGGGACCCGAAGUGUGGGCUCUGACUGCUGUCUGACACACAAGUUGGACGUUGUCCCCGGAGCCCUCUUUCUGGCCCAGGGCUGGAGUACCCCCAGGGUGGGCUGUGGGGCGGGCCCCUCGCAUCCAUCUUUCACAGCUCUGAUGCUGAUCACUGCCCGUCCCUUUGCACAGUUCACCUCAUCAGGUUUGUCUGAUUUUUCUAACCAGUAAAUCCAGGUCCUACUUUCUGGCAGGAACCCCGUGUCCCACGCUGUCAUUUGUCCUGUGACCGGCCACGCGUGCCUUGCAGCUGGCUUCCAUGGUGGUGUCCAGGCUUCUCCGCUGUGUGCUUUCUGGAUCAGAGGGCGUCCCGGCAUCCGUAGAAAUCUUCAUGCAGCUUCCCCCUGGAUCUGACCACGGAUUUUAUGAUAGCACGGAGUCCAGAGAAUCCUUGGAAACGGAUUGCUCGUCUUUAAAACCAAAACACACAUGUGCGGGUUAGCUCAGCACCCACAGCAGCCAGGGCCUCUUGAAACCUGACAUUCCAGAAGCCCAGGGCCUCCCAAAACCUGAUGUUCCAGAAGCCCAGGGCCUCCCGAAACCUGAUGUUCCAGAAGCCCGGGGCCUGUUGGCACCGACAGAGGGCC